AAUGAUCAUUUGCACGUAACUAGCGAGUAAACGCCGGCAAGAGAGAUGGCUGUUUCUCCGACAAUUUACUUGUUUUCUUGUGCCUUUUUGGUCGUUGCUUUUGCAUGGCUUUCAACUGGAAAGAACUGCCAGAGUUUAGACGGCAAAUGGUAUAAUCAGCUGGGUUCUGAGAUUUUCCUAAAGCACGAAAACGAUGGAAGAUUACUAGGGGAGUACAGAACGGCGGUUGAGAGACAGAAUGGCUCGGCCGGCGAAACUCAUUCAAUCCUGCUAGGUACUGCACCCUAUGACUACCCAGGGGCAGCCUUUGCUUUCUCAGUUGUCUGGCGUAAUGGCUCCUCAACAACUGUGUGGACUGGUCAGUGUCUUGUCUGUGAAGAUGGACAUGAAAAACUUUUAACUUCAUGGCUGCUACGCUCCAAGGUCGAUACAUGUAUAGACAAGUGGCAAUCCACCCGGAUUGGACGUGACACAUUCACUAGAUAUGAACAACGCGAUGGUCCUCGCAAACCAGAUGUAACAAAUACGAAAACUUCUCCAAAUAUUAAUACAAUAAUCAAGAAUUGGGACCCUGAAGGUCAAAACAAGCCUUGUAACCUUAAUGGAAAAUGGUACAAUCUUUUAGGUUCUGAGAUGAUUUUAAAGCAGGGAGAAGAUAGUGUUAUUAAAGGAGAGUACCGGACUGCUGUUGAGCGAGAAACUGGGGCUGCAGGAACAAGUCAUUCCGAGGUGUUAGGAAUUGGUCAACUCGGCGGCUCAAGCAGCACUUUUGCUUACUUUGUGGUAUGGAAGACUGGUUCAUCUGUCACAGGGUGGGUGGGGCAGUGUCACAUCUGUGGGGAAAAUAACACAGAGAUCAUUGAAAGCACAUGGCUAUUGCGAAGCAAGAUAGAUAAGUGUAGUGACAACUGGAAGUCAACUUUAUAUGGUGAGAAUAGCUUCACCCACACGGAAACAAAUCCAGGGCCGAGGAAAGAUGAUGACACCCAUACGCCAGAAAGGAGUGGAGAGGAAAACCCAAAAGCUUGUAAAGGAUGCCAGCUUUUGUUUUCUUUCACCCUCUUAGGUUUGAGUGUGGUCAUUGCAUCAAUGAAGUGGUAUUGAUGUCAGUAAAAAUGUGUGUAAUUUGAGAGUGGCCCCCUUCUAGGAAAAUAUCAACAAUUUUGUGAAGUAACUAUUGGGUAUACAUAAUCAAUUGUUAAUGUUGGUAGGUAUGGUCCUCAGUGGGGAGAUUUGCAUGUGAAUAAGUUGGGGAUAUUUGUCGGAAAAUUUGAAUUAAACCCCUAAAGGAGACCGAUCUGGGUGUGGAAUUACUUUGACCUAUCUAGUAGAUAGGAAAAUAUAAAUAUUAAAUGUUGUUGAAUUAGAAGCACACUUUUUUGACCAGCUUUAGUCCAUUUUAAUUUGAAUACUCUUUAUGUAUAUUUUUCCAUGAAACAGCCCAGUCAUUGGCAAAAUUAAUAGUUAUUUAGUACUAGUGCUGCUUCAAGAAGUCUACAUACUACAUGUACAUAUAGUAAUUUGUUUGUGUUUGUUACCACUCUUACUUUUAUCUAUGAUUUUUGUGUCACAUAAUUAACAAUAACCAUAGUCAAUUACUACUGACCAAUCAGAACUUGUGUAGCAUUAUGCCAUUAAAAAUGAUCAUACAUUAGCAUACAAUGUUAACAAUAGGUUAAAACAUGACUUAGGUCAAAUGAACCACAUGUACAUGAAACUUUUACAAAUAUUUACAAAUAUUCCCAUUUUGUGUAAUUAAAAGCAUCACUUGAAGCCUUGUGUGCCACAUAGGUACAGAUAAAGUAAAAAGUCUGCAUACAAGCAAAGUGGUCCAUCAGGCUAGCGCUUAUCUCUUGUUUCUGUUGCAUGAAGCGAU